UUCCCUCACCUAAUUCACAAUUCUUUCUCACAUCUCAUCUCAUCUCAUCACAUCAAUUCUCAUUUCAUCUACAAAUUACUCAAUAAAUCAUUAAAUUGUAAUUAUUGUCUAUCAUGGCUUCCUUAUUACAAAACUACUCAUCAUCAUCAUUAACCCUAAUUUCUUCUUCUAUAAAGAGGAGUAGGACUACCACUGUCAACGCCGCAAUCCAUGUCCCUAAGCUUCCAAUCUUCCCUUCUUCCCUUCCAAAAACAAAUCUGCUACAUCACACACUUAUAAAAGAAUCCACAACUACUCAGUUUACGGAAAAGAAGAGAGUCCUCGACUGUAAUGAUAAUAAUAAUAAUAACAAGGUCGUUGUUCAACUCUAUGCAAUCUUGGAGGCUGUAGCUGACAGAAUCGAAAUGCAUCAAAACAUUGGGGAUCAACGUGACAACUGGAACACUCUUCUCUUGAACUCAAUUAACAUGAUCACUCUCACCGCCACAACCAUGGCUGCAGUUGCUGCCACAACUGGUCCGCUUCUGGCUUUGAAACUAUCUUCGGCCCUACUGUUUUCCGCCGCCACGGGGAUGCUGCUCAUCAUGAACAAGAUCCAGCCCUCUCAACUCACCGAGGAACAGCGUAAUGCAACUCGAUACUUCAAGCAGCUUCAGUCCGAAAUUCAGACAACACUUGCUCUUGGAAAUGCCACUGAGGAAUACGUGAAGAGUGCAACGGAGAAGGUUUUGGCACUUGACAAAGCUUUCCCACUUCCAUUGUUGGGAGCCAUGCUUGAAAAAUUCCCUUCUAAGUUUGAACCCGCAGUUUGGUGGCCUUCCACUCAGUUCCAAACGAAGAGUAGUAACAAAAAAUCACAAAACAAUAACAAGAAAAUGAAUGGAUGGAGUGAAGAGCUAGAAGUGGAACUUAGAGAGAUUGUUGAAGUUGUAAAGAGAAAAGACAGCGAGGACUAUGAGAGGCUUGGGAACAUUGCAUUGAAGAUGAAUAAAGCUUUGGCCAUUGCUGGUCCUUUGCUCACCGGCAUUGCUGCAGCUGGAUCUGCAUUUCUUGGAAAUGGAAAUUCAUGGGCUACAAUGGUGCCUCUCGUGGCUGGUUCUUUGGCUGCCGCAAUCAAUACAUUCGAGCAUGGAGGCCAAGUUGGUAUGGUGUUUGAAAUGUACCGAAACUCUGCUGGCUUCUUCAAGCAGUUAGAAACCUCCAUUGAAUCAACUUUGGAAGAGAGUGAUUUGGAAAGAAGAGAAAACGGGAAUCUGUUUGAAAUGAAGGUGGCAAUGAAAUUGGGAAGAAGCGUAUCACAGUUGGGGAACUUGCCUCAAAAUCUGCUUCCUCUUGUGUUGAUGAAUUCGCCAGCAAGCUCUUUUAGGAUCAACAUACACAUUAUGACACAUUCUUUUGUUCUUUCAUUUAUGUAAUUAAUUAGAGUACAUACACUGACUUAGCUAAGAAAAAUGUGUAUAUGAGUACAUAGACAAUUAAAUCUU